AUGUCUGGAAGCGACGACGAUGAGCGGGUUCCCUACGCUCAGUACCUCAGGUCCAUCCUCGAGAAGGGCCUCCUCCUAGGCAGCCCGCCCGUUGUGACCACCAAUCCAAACAGCCUUGAGGAGCAAGCAAAGAAGGUCAUGUCCAAGAAGGGAUGGGACUAUAUCAAAGGCGGCGCAGGAGAGAGCUCGACAAUGGAUGCCGAUAGACUGGCGUUUCGGCAGUGGAAGAUUGUGCCGAGGGUCUUGACGCCCACCACGCCCAGGGACUUGAGCACGACUCUGUUUGGAGAGAAAUACGACACGCCCGUUCUCAUGGCCCCCAUAGGCGUUCAGUCGUGGUAUCACGAUGACAAAGAAGUCGGAACCGCAACCGCCUGCGCCAACCUCCGCGUCCCUUUUACCCUCAGCACGGCGGCCUCCACAAACAUUGAGGAGCUCGUGGAGAAGGUGCCUCGGGGCCCCAAGUGGUUCCAGCUCUACUGGCCGCUCGACGAAGAAAUCACCGCGUCCAUCCUCACGCGUGCCAAGGCCAGCGGCUUCAAGGUCCUCGUCGUCACCCUCGACACCUGGACGCUUGCGUGGCGGCCUUACGACCUGGACCCGGCCUCCGUCCCGUUCAUUGUCGGAGAGGGCGACGACGUGGGCUUCAACGACCCCGUGUUCCGUCGAAAGUUUGCCCAGCGCACGGAUGGUGAGACGCCCGAGGAGAGCAAGGUCCAGGCGGGCAUGUACUGGUGCAGCGAGGUCUUUCCCGGCGUCAGCCGCAGCUGGGAGGACCUGAAGAUCCUCAGGAGGUACUGGGACGGGCCGAUUGUUUUGAAGGGCGUCCUGAGCGUCGAGGACGCCAGGUUGGCCGUGGAGCAUGGCAUGGAUGGGUUGAUUGUCAGCACGCAUGGUGGACGACAGCUGGAUGGCGCCGUGGGAACGUUGGAUGUCCUUCCAGAUAUUGCGGAUGAUGUGGGUGACAAGAUUACCGUCAUGAUUGACUCGGGGAUACGGACAGGCGCAGACGUUCUCAAGGCCGUUGCGCUGGGCGCAAAGGGGGUGUUUCUGGGACGGCCUGUGGUGUAUGGGCUGGGUAUUGACGGUGCUGCUGGUGCCGAGGCGGUUAUUGCUGGUAUUUUGGCGGAUUUCGAUCUGACUAUGGGGUUUUGCGGGGCAAAGACUAUCGCGGAUAUCAAGAGGUCGUUGUUGAAGAAGGUCUCGUAUCCUGGGGAUGUCAAGGCUAAUUUGUGA